AUGUGGUUAAAGGUUUUACAUUUUCUAAUUGUGUGCAUUUCAACGUUAUCAAUUGAUACAGCGAAUGGAGUGGAAUGGCCACAGUGUGGUGAGUUUGUGUUCCCAAAGGAUGACACCAAUUUGAGCAUUGAAGAGAAACAGUUUAGACGGAAAUUGCCAACGUUAUUUGAAUCGUACGAUUGUGGUAAUGCAUUUGACGUGGAAGAAGCGCUGAAAUCAUUGGAAAAAUUCCAAAACCUAACGUCCGAGAAAAAAUGUUCGGAAACACAAACGCUGUCGCCAUCCCUUGAGAUUACGAAGCGAAUCCAACGCGAUGGAUAUCCUGCGACCACUCACAAAGUCGUAACUGUUGAUGGUUAUAUUUUGCAUUUGCAUCGCAUUGCAAAUGAAGAUACGCUGUCGGGAACAAAUAAAGCACGAACACCAGUAUUUUUAAUGCAUGGUCUGCUCGAAACGGCAAGUUCAUGGAUAGCACUUGGACCAGAGCAUUCUUUAGGGUAUUUACUCUACGACAACGGUUAUGACGUAUGGCUUGGUAAUUGUAGAGGUACACGGCCGUCGCGAGGUCAUGCUCGUUUGAACUCAACUGGUGCGCAACGCAAGGAGUACUGGUCAUUUUCAUUGCAUGAAAUUGGAAUUUAUGACUUGCCCGCAUCAAUCGAUUACGUUUUAGAAAAAACAAAUCAAAGUCACUUGCAUUAUCUCGGCUAUUCACAAGGAACCACAUUAUUUUUCAUAAUGACGUCAAUGCGGCCGGAAUACAAUGAAAAAAUUACAUCAAUGAUUGCAAUGGCACCUGUCGUGUUUGUAAAACAUUCGCAGCACACAUUUCUCAACAUUCUCAGUAGAUAUUAUGCGCUAAUAAAGAAAGUGCUCGACUUUUACAAGAUAUACAGCAUUGAUUACGGAAACAAAGCGUUGCGAUGGCUUGCCGAGUUUGCGUGCAAGAAAAUUGAAAAUAAAUCACCAUUCCCGUGCCAAUUUCUGCUAUUUUUCUUAGAUUCCAAUCAGAUCAAUUGCACGAGUUUGCCGCGGAUAGUUCAAUCGAUACCAAACAGUGCUAGUGUGAUGCAGUUGUUUCAUUUCGCACAAAUAAAAAUGUCUGGAGAAUUUAAACCGUUCAACUAUGAAGAUGCGGCAAUAAAUCGUUUGAUGUACGGCGUUUCACCACCCGAACCGUACAAUUUAACAAAGACAACAGUACCAGUCACGAUUAUAUACUCGACCAGCGAUGAAGUAUCAAAUUCAAGCGAUGUCGCACUAUUGCGUGCACAACUACAAAACGUGACUGAAUUGUAUCAAGUUCCAAUAAGAGACUUUAAACACAUCGAUUUCAUUUACAGCCGCUUCGUCCGGAAAGUUAUCAAUGAAAAUGUGAUUGAUGUUCUACAAAUGGCCGAUCAAUACUCGGAUACGUAUAAUAAAUAAUACAGAUAAUUAAAUCAUGAUCAAAUUUAAUGUGAAUUUAUUUUGUUUGAAUUGAAAGAAAUGCCCACAAAUUGUUUGCAUUGACAGUGAGAUUGUUAAUAUUCAUAAAUGUGUAAUUUUAAUAAGAACGAAUCGCACAUGGUUGACAUUCGAAACAUUAUUGUUUUCUAUUAAUUGUAGUCAUGAACAAACUAUUUGAAUUUUUUUUUGCUUCCUCUCACAUGAGUAAAUUUAAAUUAAAUUGAUGUUCUGUCGAUAUUCAUUUGAUUUGAAUCGAUUUUAAAAUUUUAUUUAUUCAUUUUAAUCAAGUUGCUCCCUCUCUUGUUUUGUUCGUUUACACUACUAUAAUUAUUAUUUUGUUAUGUGCUGAUCUCGCAGAAUUUAAUAGACGUUAAUUAAGAACUGUUCACUAUCGAUUCAUAUGCAAGACCCGUAUAAUACAGAAGAAAACUUGUAUUCUCUCUAAGUAGAUGUGAAUUUUAUGAUGAAAA